UCGUGGACAAGAAUAAACCAAUCCAGGACAGCUAUUUGCUGAACCAACGUCACAGUUAAAGAGAAACGUCCGUUACUUGGUCAGCUAAAAACUAUUGAAACGCAAAGGCAGUGAUAGCGAAAAGUAUAUAGCUAUUUUGAUCUGUCAAAUGGUAUCGCUUCAGCUUACCGAUUUUCAAAAUUGUGGUCUAACGAUUCCGAUAGACAAGCUAGAAGCCACUUUGGGGACGCUCUGCCCGCCGGACUGACAAUAGACGGGAUGAUCUCGGACUGGGGUCUGAUCAGUGAGAGGUCCCUGUGACUGUGAAUGUGUCUGUGAGGUACAUUAGGAUGAGCGGGCCCCACUCUAUCGCUGCCUGCGGGGACUGAGAGACACCGCUCUAUACAAAGCAGUCGAUGCGGUCUUCCACCGCAUCACACGUGGCUGAGAAUCCAGCAUGUCUCGCGUCUCCACCACCGCCAAGCGUUACACCGGCUCCUCCUAUACCGGCUCCUCCUAUACCAGUGCCUAUAGCUCCUAUGGCUCCUCCCUGACGCCCUCCUCCCUCAGCUCCUACACCUCCGACCGGGACAGGCUGCCCUCCUACAGGAGCAACGCAGCCUCCUCCUCGGGCUACUCCUCCUCCAGCUACCUGAGCAGCGCCGCCAGCCGCGCCCGCAACUACAGCACCUCCUCGGAGCUCGACCGGGGCCGGCACAUCCCCCGCACUGACCUCCUGAGCAGCAGCAGCCGGCGCAGCGAGAGCCUGAGCCGCACCCCGGUGAAGACCUAUGGCUCGUCGGGCCUGAGCGGCGGCUCCGGUUACACUGGCUACAGCAGCUUCUCUUCGUCCACCACGCCCAGCCGCUCCAGCUACCUCUCCUCGUCGCCCGGGGCCUCCAGCAUCUCCCUCAGCCGCCGGAGGUCGUCGAGCCAGAGUGACCUGACGCGGGACCUGUCGUCCCUGGGCCUCACCGAGCCCACGUCCCCCUUCUCCUCCUCCUCCAGCGCCCUGAAGGGUUACCGGAGCAGGGCCAGCGAUGUGGCCGACUCCUACAACAGCAGCCUGCAGAGCUCCAGCUAUGGCCUGUCCCACAGCGCCACACAGGAGGCCUUGAGCAGCAGCAGCCUGAAGAGCGGUGGUGGUAGCCGCUUCACCUCCUCCUAUGAGAGGAGCGACAGCAGCAGCAAUGGACGAUCCAGCUCCCUCACCAGGGACUCCCUGAACUCCAAGAGUGCCCAGGGCCUGGUGGGCCUACGGAACCUGGGAAAUACCUGCUUCAUGAACUCCAUCCUGCAGUGUCUCAGUAACACACACAACCUCCGGGACUACUGUCUGCACAACUCCCACCGACGCGACCUUAACAAAAACAGCCGCACCAACACCGGAGCGCUCAUGGAGGAAUUUGCCAAGCUCCUCCAGACCAUGUGGACGUCCUCGAGCAGCGAGGCGGUCGGCCCCUCAGAGUUCAAAACUCAGAUCCAGAGAUACGCCCCCCGAUUCGUGGGAUACAACCAACAGGAUGCCCAGGAGUUCCUGCGCUUCCUGCUGGACGGGCUGCACAACGAGGUAAACCGGGUCACGGUGCGGCCGCGGGGCAGCUCGGAGGACUUUGACCACUUGCCUGACCGAGAGAAAGGGGAUAGAAUGUGGAGCAAGUACCUGGAGAGAGAGGACAGCAAAGUAGUGGACCUGUUUGUGGGUCAGCUGAAGAGCUCGUUGACAUGCAGCACAUGUGGCUACUGCUCCACUGUCUUUGACCCCUUCUGGGAUCUCUCGCUACCCAUCGCAAAGAAGGGCUACGGAGAAGUGAGUCUGAUGGACUGCGUGAGUCUCUUCACCAAAGAGGACGUGCUCGACGGAGAUGAAAAACCAACGUGCUACAGGUGUAAAGCCAGAAGAAGAUGCACAAAGAAGUUCACUGUACAGAAAUUCCCCAAGAUCUUAGUGCUUCAUCUGAAACGCUUCUCUGAAGCGCGGAGAACCAGCAAACUGUCCACAUUUGUCAACUUCCCCAUGGAGAAACUGGACCUCAGGGAGUUUGCCUCGGAAAACAGCAUAAACGCAGUUUAUAACCUGUACGCAGUGUCCAAUCACUCAGGCACGACCAUGGGCGGCCACUACACAGCGUACUGUCGCAACCCCACCUCGGGAGAAUGGUACACGUUCAAUGACUCCAGAGUAUCGCCAAUGUCCUCCAGCCAAGUGCGCAGCAGUGACGCCUACGUGCUGUUCUACGAGCUGGCCUCCUCCUCGCGGAUGUGAGGGCCUCCCGGAGGAGGAGGUGGAGGGCACUGCGGACGGCGGGAGGGAGGAGGAAGAGGAGGAGGGCAAAGCCAGGCCCUUUAAGACUAAUCACAUCCACAAGAGACUACAACUCCCCCCUCCCCAACUCCAUCCACAACAGAGAGAGGCUACUACUCCCCCCUCCCCAACUCCAUCCACAACAGAGAGAGGCUACUACUCCCCAACUCUAUCCAUAACAGAGAGGCUACUACUCCCCCCUCCCCAACUCCAUCCACAACAGAGAGAGACUACUACUCCCCCCUCCCCAACUCCAUCCACAACAGAGAGAGACUACUACUCCCCCCUCCCCAACUCCAUCCACAACAGAGAGAGACUACUACUCCCCCCUCCCCAACUCCAUCCACAACAGAGAGAGACUACUACUCCCCCCUCCCCAACUCCAUCCACAACAGAGAGAGGCUACUACUCCCCCCUCCCCAACUCCAUCCAUAACAGAGAGGCUACUACUCCCCAACUCUAUCCAUAACAGAGAGACUACUACUCCCCCCUCCCCAACUCCAUCCACAACAGAGAGAGACUACUACUCCCCCCUCCCCAACUCCAUCCACAACAGAGAGAGACUACUACUCCCCCCUCCCCAACUCCAUCCACAACAGAGAGAGGCUACUACUCCCCCCUCCCCAACUCCAUCCAUAACAGAGAGAGGCUACUACUCCCCCCUCCCCAACUCCAUCCACAACAGAGAGAGACUACUACUCCCCCCUCCCCAACUCUAUCCACAACAGAGAGAGACUACUACUCCCCCCUCCCCAACUCCAUCCACAACAGAGAGAGACUACUACUCCCCCCACCCCAACUCCAUCCACAACAGAGAGAGACUACUACUCCCCCCUCCCCAACUCCAUCCACAACAGAGAGAGACUACUACUCCCCCCUCCCCAACUCCAUCCACAACAGAGAGAGACUACUACUCCCCCCUCCCCAACUCUAUCCACAACAGAGAGAGACUACUACUCCCCCCUCCCCAACUCCAUCCACAACAGAGAGAGACUACUACUCCCCCCUCCCCAACUCCAUCCACAACAGAGAGAGGCUACUUCUACUGCUGGACGUCCACCCUCAGACUAUGGAAACACUACAGGAAUCUGUCAUCUUUGCAGUUGCCGUUCAACUCAGCCCUCCUCACUCUCUCUUCUCUCUGCCGCAUCGCUCUCUCUCUGCUCUUGGAGAGCAGGGUGGUCGGAGUAGUCGGCCUGUGCCUGUGCUUGUGUGGUGCGCGUGUGUCUCAGAGAGUAUGUGUGUUAGGCUAAGACAGGGGAGCAUCUCCAAGCAAUAAAAACCAAUCGUCUCCGAAGUCACUCUCUAUGCACUGCAACAAACGAAACUCUCAUCCCGACCGCACCUUCUUCUCUUCUUGUUCGAGAUCGCCUCAAUAUUCAAAGACAUCGUUUCAAUUUUUGUUUUGGAUUUUCUUGUUGAUUUUUGUAUUGGUAUUACCACCAUCAUCACGGUGGAAGAUCAACUGAACUGUGUUGCUGCGUCGCCCCCUGCUGACGGGUUGGAGUAGAACAAUAUGGAGCCGUCAGAAAGUCUUCUUCCCACACCGCUCACACAAACCUAAGUGCCCCCUCCUGCUGACCCACUGCAAUGUCUCAUCCCAGUUUCUCUGUUCAGCUGUGUACAGUUCUACUCUGUCCUCUCACUGCUGCUCUCUCUCUCUCUUUCUAUCCUUGUCCUGCAUCUUCCUCUCUGAAGGUGGGGGGGGGGGGCAGGUUGUCCUCUUGAGAGUGCUAUGUGUUCAGAGGAUGCCCUGUACCUAAUGUUAUUUUCUUCAGUGUGGCUGCUACUGAUGUUUUAAAGUGCUGUGAAUGAAAGGACGAUCCAGUAGGAAGUAAUACCAUUGAUCACAAUCUUGUCAGUAUGGAUUUGUUCAUCCUCAAUUGUCAUGCCAUUGAACAACAUGGAAAGAAUGUUUAAAAAAAAAAACAUAUCUGUAUAUUUUUAUAUUCUGAUGCAAUAUAGAGAAUGUACUAUACAGUGGUGCUGAAAAGAC